CCCGACUUGUCCUCACCCUUCCUUACGGCCUAUCCAACCUUGCCCCCAGGCGCCGUGGAGGUCCAGGUCCCCGAAGACCCCGUGGUGGCCCUGGUGGGCACCGACGCCACCCUGCGCUGCUCCUUCUCACCCGAGCCCGGCUUCAGCCUGGCGCAGCUCAACCUCAUCUGGCAGCUGACGGACACCAAGCAGCUGGUGCACAGCUUCGCCGAGGGCCGGGACCAGGGCAGCGCCUAUGCCAACCGCACGGCGCUCUUCCCCGACCUGCUGGCUCAGGGCAACGCGUCCCUGAGGCUGCAGCGAGUGCGCGUGGCCGACGAGGGCAGCUUCACCUGCUUUGUGAGCAUCCGGGACUUCGGCAGCGCGGCAGUCAGCCUGCAGGUGGCGGCUCCCUACUCGAAGCCCAGCAUGACCCUGGAGCCCAACAAGGACCUGCGGCCUGGGGACACGGUGACCAUCACGUGCUCCAGCUACCGGGGCUACCCGGAGGCCGAGGUGUUCUGGCAGGACGGGCAGGGUGCGCCCCUGGCCGGCAUCGUGAACGUGACCACGUCGCAGAUGGCCAACGAGCAGGGCUUGUUCGACGUGCGCAGCGUCCUGAGGGUGGUGCUGGGCGCCAACGGCACGUACAGCUGCCUGGUGCGCAACCCCGUGCUGCAGCAGGAC